CCAAAACAAACCAUGUCCGUACCGUCCCAUUACAGACUUAAGGAAUUUGAGUUUGGGGUGAGACUGGUAAGCUAGCUUCUUUAGGAGAAGGCAGUAGUCCGCCCGCGCCCCUCCCCUCCCGGCAGUCAGCUGGGAUCUGAGCGCGCCCGAGCCGCCCGCCUCCUCCUUCCGAGGCCCCGCCUCCUGCCCAAUAUUGGCGGGAAGGCACCAGCUGCUACGCGGUAGAAAGAUGUCCGGGUUGUACGCGGCGGCUGAGGAGAAGGCUGGCUCCAGAGAGCUACUCCAAGAGAAGGCGAAUGAAUAUAAAGAAAACCAGAAGAUCUCUGAUGUAUCUCUGAGACCGUUACAGGCUACAGUUUUAGAAAAAACACCUAAGGUGUGUCUUGUUCCGUUUUCACUCAGUGAUUACAAGCCGGGCGAAUUUAAGCUCCCCAAAUCCCUAUUAAAUAAGAACUCUAACGAUGAAUUGGCGUGUAAGAAAUAUAAGAAAAUUGAAAUAAAGAAAACUUUCACAACGAUUUUAAUUCCAAAGACGAAAGCCACCGCAUCUUCUAAGGCAGAAUCCACUCUGCAAAAAUCACGCUUAGGUGUUCGUGUGGAAAAUAGCGAAGGAGAACACGUGAGUGCUUUGGAUACAGUGAUCCUCGGUGUUGAUAUGGAAAGCAGUCCUGAUGGAGACAGUGAAGAAGACACCACAUUAGGCCUGGAUGAUUUUUCAGGAUUGUCACCAUAUGAGAGGAAGAGACUGAAGAACAUAUCAGAAAAUGCGAAUUUUUUUGCUUCACUUCAGUUAUCUGAGUCAGCUGCAAGACUCCGUGAAAUGAUAACGAAGAGACAGCCUCCUGAAUCCAAAAGAAAGAAGCCUAAGAAGAGAGAAAAUGGGACUGGAUGUAGAAGAUCAAUGCGAUUACAAAAUGUAGAUCCUUCAGGAGUUUCAUUACCAGAAAUUGCAACCCAGCCAACAGUAGUAGAAGAUGAAAAUCCUUUGUUACCUCCUGGGCCUUUAGAAAUGACUCCUGAAAAUCGAGAUGAUAACAGUGAACUAUUUAAAGGAUUUCUACAGACCUGGGCAGAAGCUAGCAAGACAAGUAGUAGUAAGAACACUGAGAAGAAAUUGUCUAGCAUUAAAAGCUACAAAACCAGUUUAGGUGGCAUGGUCAUUAGCGGAGAUACUGUUUGUAAAGUUACCAAAGGUUCAGUACUGUCUAUGGCUGUUCAUCCAUCAGAAAUUAGAACUUUGGUGGCAGUUGGAGCCAAAUAUGGGCAAGUUGGACUUUGGGAUGUGACUCACCAGCCUAAAGAAGAUGGAGUUUAUGUUUUUCAGCCCCAUAGUCAGCCGGUGAGCUGUCUUUACUUCUCACCUGCCAAUCCGGCUCACAUACUUUCACUGAGCUAUGAUGGCACACUACGCUGUGGGGAUUUUUCCAAGGCUGUUUUUGAAGAGGUAUACAGAAACGAAAGAAGUACCUUUUCCUCCUUUGACUUCUUGGCAGAGGAUGCCUCCUCUUUAAUAGUAGGACACUGGGAUGGAAGCAUGUCGUUGGUGGACAGACGGACACCUGGAACUUCUUAUGAGAAGCUUGUCAGUUCUUCUAUGAGAAAAAUAAGAACUGUUCAUGUCCACCCAGUGCAUAGACAGUAUUUCAUAACUGCAGGAUUGAGCGAUGUUCAUCUUUAUGAUGCUAGGCGCCUGAAUCCCAAGGGAAGCCAGCCUUUGAUUUCUUUGACUGAACACUCAAAGAGCAUUGCUUCUGCUUAUUUUUCACCUUUUACUGGUAACAGAGUAGUGACCACAUGUGCUGAUUGUAAGCUGAGAAUCUUUGACAGCAGCUGUAUAUCCUCUCAGAUUCCUCUCCUCACCACCAUCGGGCAUAACACCAUUACUGGGCGAUGGCUGACCAGGUUUCAAGCUGUGUGGGACCCUAAACAAGAAGACUGUGUCAUUGUUGGCAGCAUGGCCCAUCCACGACAGGUGGACAUCUUCCAUGAGACAGGAAAGCGCGUGCAUUCUUUUCUUGAUGGAGAAUGCCUUGCCUCUGUGUGUUCCAUCAAUGCUAUGCACCCAACUCGGUAUAUUUUGGCUGGAGGUAAUUCCAGUGGGAAGAUACAUGUUUUUAUGAGUUAAGAAAUUUGCUGGGUUUUUGGUUUAGCAAUACUAAUUUGUUCAAAUUAAUUAAUGUUUAUUUAGCAAAUAUAAAUUGCUUUAUUAAUAGCUAUAAUCAGAAUUUUUUUUUUAAAUUGAGGGAGACGCCUUGGAGGUUGUUUCCACAGGAUGGGGAGGAAAUAUGAGGGAGGCUGAUGCCUUCAGCACUUUAAUCAGGCAGUAUGUUGAGAAAUUAUAAUAUCAUCAGUUAUAAAGCUUUGAAUGAUCAGAAUUAAAAACUUUUGUGGUCUAAUGAUACAGUUUUUAAAAAAUUUAUUGGAGUGACAUUGGUUAAUGAUAACCUGUAAGUUUCAGGCAUACAUCUUUAUAGUACCACAUCUGUGUACUGCACUGUGUGCUCACUGUCCAAAGUCCACCCUUCCUGUUACUGUAUAUUUGAUCCCCUUUACCCUCUUUGUUUUCCCCCAACUCCUCUUCUCUCCUAACCACUAUUCUGUUGUUUAUAUAUAUGAGGGUUUUUUUGUUUUAUAUCCCACAUAUGUGUGAAGUCAUGGUUUUUGUCCUUUUAUAUUCAACUUAUUUCAUUUAGCAUAAUACUGUCAAGAUCCAUCCAUGUUGUUACAGAUAGCAGUAUCUCAUUUUUGUAUGGCUGUGCAGUAUUCCAUGGUACUCAUGCCAUUGUACCACACCUUCUUUAUCCAGUCAUCUGUUGAGGGAUACUUAGGUUGUUUCUAUUUUUGGUCAUUGUGAAUAAUGCUGCAGUGAACAUAGGAUAUGUAUGUCCUUACAAAUAAAUCUUUUCAUUUUUUUUGGUAGAUAUCCAGAAGAGGGAUUGCUGAGUCUUAUUGUAGCUCUACUCUUAAUUUUCUGAGGCACCGCCAUACUGUUUCUCAUAGUGGCUGUGCCAAUUUACAUACCCACCACUGUGUGUAAGGUUUUCCUUUUCAUGUUUUUUCCAACACUGUUAGUUCUUGUCUUAUUGAUAAUAGCCAUUUUGGUGGGAGAUGGUAUUUCAUUGUAGUUUGGAUUUGCAUUUCCCUUAUGACUAGUAAUGUUGAGCAUCUUUUAAUAUAUGUUGGCCAUUUGUAUGUCUUCUUUAGAAAAUUGCCUAUUCAGGUUCUCCACCCAUCUUUUAAUUGGAUUGUUUAUUUUUUGAUGUUGAGUUGUAUAUUAAAUAUUAGCCCCUUAUCAGAGGUAUUGUUUGAAUAUACCUUCUGUCAUUUAGUUGGUCACCUUUUUGUUUUGUUGAUGCAGAAGUCUUUUUAGUUUGAUGUAGUCCUGUUCAUUUAUUUUUUCUUUUACUUCCCUGUCUUUGGAGUCAAGUUCACAAAAACUGUGAGACCAAUGUCUGUAAGUUUAGUGUCUAUGUUUUCUUCUAUGUAUUUUAUUGUUUCAGGUCUUAUAGUUAAGU